AUGAUUCCCUCCCUUGCGAAGUUCCGAGAGGCAGCAAGAAGGAGCGCAGGCGCGCCCUGGUGGAGCGCGUGCUGCGGGACGGCGGCCCGGCCGGCUGGCCGACGCCUACCUCAUGAGCGCGCUGAAGGUGGCGGCGAGCGAGGCGUGGUCCCGGCUUUCGCCGCGGCCGCUCCCGACCUUCUGCGCGGCGACAACGCGGCGUGCGCGCUGCUCUGCGCCGCCAGAGAAGGCCGCGAGAGACGGCUGGCCGUGAUGCUCUCCAUGGGGCUGGACCCCAACGCACAAGCGGCUUGGGCGCACAUGCCGCCCCUGCACGCCGCCUUGCGUGCACGGGCACGUGGGCACGGCGCCGACGCCAACACGCAGGUAUUAACGCUCCUUGCAGGUGUGCGCAAAUUGGGAAACGGCCGGCGUUGUCGGGCAGGAACUGAAGCCACUCCAUCAGGGGAAAGAGUAUUGGAAAGGAACUGCGAAGUGGCUAAAUUGCGGUCUGGAACGCACAACGGGGCAGACAUCAAUGCGAGCGACGUCUUCGGACGCACCCCCCUCCACUGGGCGGCGGAUAAGGGCGCCGCUGCGUGCGUCAAAGCGCUGAUCGAGCGAGGCGCGGACCCCAACGUCAGAGACCCGCGGCGGAUGACGCCCUUGAUAAUGGCCGCCCAAGCCUCCACGGAUAUGCUCUUGCCCUUCCCGUAUUUGGAUAUGGAUCCCGAUCCAACUCCGUUGCAUAGAGCGGUCGAAGCAUGCAGGAGCGGACGUAAAUGCCAAGGACAGCAACGGCUGGACGCCUGUCCACAUCAGCGCCAAAUUGGGUCAGACAGAGAUGAUGACACUGCUGUUCGAGGCCGGCUGCGACAUCACCAUGGUGACCGACGCAGGCGUGACGCCGCUGCACCUGGCCGCCGCCAGCAACAGCCAGAGCAUGGGCGCGUGCCAUCGACGCGGGCGCCCGACGGCAAAGACGCCUCAUGGUACUCGACCUGCCUGGGGAGCUGCCUGAACCGCGUGGCCGACAUCUUCCUCCGGGACACCGGGGCUGGACAGCGCUGCACAGCCGCCACGGGGCGUCAUGGAGCCGCAUCAAGUCCUCCUGCUGCAGGGCUUGCGACUACUGGCGCUUGCCCUGUGCGCCCGGCGCCGGUAACGACCACUGCAACGCAUCUACUGCGGCAUGCGCGGUGCCGGGCCGCACGGCGCUACACGAGGCGGCGCCGCGCAGGCACCAACGAGGAAGUGACAUCUUGCUGCUGGAGAGCGGCCGACCGGCUCGUUGCGCGACGUAGAGGGCCUCGCGCCGCCGACGUGGCCGUCGACAUGCCAUUGCAGCGCCUCAUCGCCGCUGGCAUCGCCGCCUGA